GGCCUCACGAUCCCUGCUUCGGGCUCACAAAAGACUCGACAUAGUCAUGACUCACGACUUGAUUCUCAGGCGGUGAUCACCUGCAUUGCACACGGGUUUGAUCUCUCUGCUACGACUGACAAGUCCUUUGUGGAUCUAAUCAGGUUAUGUGUAGAUUUUACGCUCGCCGCGUCUACAUCUUGGCAGACCGGAACUGGAUGUUGCCAUUAGUCAUCGGAAUUCUGUCAUGCACUCGGCUGCUUUGCGCCUUCAUCACCGUUCAGAGACUGCUUGUGAUCAAGGUCAUCGCAGAUUUGUCACAAAAGAUCGGGGCAUUAGUCGGGAUCGGCCUGGGUGCCGGUUGUCUCGCUGAUUGGAUCAUAUUGGUCGCCUUGGUCUUUCUACUUCGCCGUCGUAGAUCAGGGAUGAAAGACACCGACUCCUUGAUCGACAAACUCAUCUACUGGACAGUUAACAAUGGCUUGUUCACGAGUAUACUCAACGUGUGCGUCAUUGUCACGCUACUGGGAAUGCCCGACAACAUGAUCUAUUUCGCUUUGGAUCUGCUCCUAAGCAAACUCUAUGCCAACUCUCUCCUAGCAACGCUAAACUACAGAAGUGUCGCCCAUGGGCGGGGUACCGAUGACACGGAACCAGCGUAUCCGCUUUCUCCACUGAGAGCUCAACAGACCGGCGACACUCUCCGUUUCAACCCCACCACUACGGUUGCAGGUGUCAAGCCCGUGGUACACGUGAUGACAACCACCAUCACUGAUGCUCCGUUUUCAAGCCAGGCUAUGGUAUGUGUCUUAUUGGGGCCGACAAGGACAGGCUCACACACGAACGUUAUGGAAUGUAGGAGGUCGACGGCGGGGACCAACACUCAGCGCGCGAUGGUGACAGUAAGGUGUACCCUCUCGGCAACGUGACGUGAAGCGGGAUCUCGCCGCUGCUAUGGUGCAGUCCAAUGUACACUUAGUGCAUCAUGACAUAUUAUCAAUAACUUACCUGCUCCGUCGACUCGUGAUACAAUGUUCUUCAUCAUUCUCUACGAAAACGGUCUUGCAAAUAUUCUGUAUUCUGUAAAACAAGCAUCGGGUCUGCACGCGGAAUGCUACGAAGUCCUUUGCUAGUGGAGCGCACUGGGGGCCGCGGCGGGUUCGAUCACAGCACCUUCGAUUCUCGCAUUCGGAAGCUUCGCAAAGUUUGUGAUUCAGCGCGCAUAGGUCUGCACACUCAUUC